AUGAAGAGCCAAUCUGUUGUUGUGCUUUCUCUCCUCGUUGCUUCUUUUCUACUUCUUGAGGGAGUCUUAGGUGGUGGUUGGACAGAAAUUAAGGAUCUGGAUGAUCCACUCGUCCAUGAGAUCGCAGAGUUCGCUGUGGCUGAACACAACAAGAAAGCCAACACUGAUCUCGUGCCCCAGGAGUUGGUUAAGGGUGAAAUGCAAUCUGGUGGUGGCAGCACCACUUAUCGGGUUACAAUCGUAGUAAGGGAUGGUAAGGUUAGCAAAAGAUUCGAGGCUGUCGUCGGAGAGACUAACAAGGGUGUCAGGACCCUCACAUCCUUCCAACAGGUUUAG